CGCAGGCAGGCGGCAGCUGUCCUCGGGGGGCUCCGUUCGGGGAUGCGGUGGGGCCUGCACCAUGGUGGAAAGUAGUGAAGCAUCCAAAGACACUGCCUCAGUCCCAAAGUGCCACCCCCCCUGCCAGGAUGCUGGCUCCACGGAGCAGGUGCUAAAUGGAGACCUGGAGACAGACGGUGCCCAGUGGAAAGGCCCAGAGGACAGCGACGGGACCCUGAAGGGCGGGCAGCAUGGCGAGGAUGAGACAGACAGCCUCCCAGACAGCGAGACGGGCCAGGCCCUGGAGAACGGGCGCUGCACCCCGAAGGACAGCCCGGAUCCCCCGGCCGAUGAGGGUGAGCUGGCCCCUUCCGCCCCCCAGAAGAAGAGAGGCAAGAGGAAACUCUUGGAGACAGCUGGGAAAAGCAAAGACGAGAAGGAAGAAGCUAACUAUGACUCCCUGAAAAUGGAGGGAUCCCGAGGCCGCCUGCGUGGCGGGCUGGGCUGGGAGUCAAGCCUACGUCAGAGGCCCAUGCAGCGGCUCACCUUCCAGGCCGGGGACCCGUACUACAUCAGCAAGAGGAAGCGAGACGAGUGGCUGGCCAGAUGGAAAAGGGAGGCUGAGAAGAAGGCCAAAGUCAUUGCCGUCAUGAACGUGGUGGAGGAGAGCCCACGGGCAGAGCCCCAGAAGGAGGAGGAGGCCAGCCCACCCGCUUCGCAGCAGCCCACAGACCCCGCCUCGCCCAACGUGGCCACCACGCCUGAGCCAGUGGUGGCCGACGCCGUGGACAAGAGCACGUCCAAGUCAGCUGAUGACGAGCCGGAGUACGAGGAUGGCCGAGGCUUCGGGAUCGGCGAGCUGGUGUGGGGGAAGCUGCGUGGAUUCUCCUGGUGGCCUGGCCGGAUUGUGUCCUGGUGGAUGACUGGGCGGAGCCGAGCAGCCGAGGGCACUCGCUGGGUCAUGUGGUUCGGAGAUGGCAAGUUUUCCGUGGUCUGUGUGGAGAAGCUCCUGCCACUCAGUUCCUUCUCCAACGCCUUCCACCAGGCCACGUACAACAAGCAGCCGAUGUACCGCAAAGCCAUCUACGAGGUCCUGCAGGUGGCCAGCAGCAGAGCGGGGAAGAUCUUCCCAGCGUGCCCCGAGAACGAUGAGACAGACACUUCCAAAGCGGUGGAGAUCCAGAACAAGCAGAUGAUCGAGUGGGCCCUGGGGGGCUUCCAGCCGUCUGGUCCCAAAGGCCUGGAGCCACCAGAAGAGGAGCGGAAUCCCUACAAAGAAGUUUACACGGAGAUGUGGGUGGAGCCAGAAGCAGCCGCUUACCCCCCGCCUCCGCCAGCCAAAAAACCAAGGAAAAGCACAACGGAGAAGCCCAAGGUCAAGGAGAUCAUAGAUGAGCGCACCCGAGAGCGGCUUGUUUAUGAGGUUCGCCAGAAAUGCAGGAACAUCGAAGAUAUCUGCAUUUCUUGUGGAAGCCUCAACGUUACCCUGGAACACCCUCUAUUUAUCGGAGGAAUGUGCCAAAACUGCAAGAACUGCUUCCUGGAGUGCGCGUACCAGUAUGAUGAUGACGGAUACCAGUCGUACUGUACGAUCUGCUGCGGCGGCCGCGAGGUGCUCAUGUGCGGAAACAACAACUGCUGCAGGUGCUUCUGUGUGGAGUGCGUGGACCUGCUGGUGGGACCAGGUGCAGCCCAGGCAGCUAUCAAAGAGGACCCCUGGAACUGCUACAUGUGUGGCCACAAGGGCAUCUACGGGCUGCUGAGGCGAAGAGAUGACUGGCCCUCCCGCCUCCAGAUGUUCUUCGCCAAUAACCAUGACCAAGAAUUUGACCCACCAAAGGUUUAUCCACCGGUCCCAGCUGAGAAAAGGAAGCCCAUCCGAGUGCUCUCUCUCUUCGAUGGAAUUGCCACAGGUCUGCUGGUGCUGAAGGACCUGGGCAUUCAGGUGGACCGCUACAUCGCUUCUGAGGUUUGCGAAGAUUCUAUUACUGUGGGGAUGGUGAGACACCAGGGCAAGAUCAUGUACGUCGGCGACGUCCGGAAUGUCACCCAGAAACAUAUACAGGAAUGGGGCCCUUUUGACCUGGUGAUUGGAGGGAGCCCGUGUAAUGACCUCUCCAUUGUCAACCCUGCCAGGAAGGGUCUUUACGAGGGCACUGGACGGCUCUUCUUCGAGUUCUACCGCCUUCUCCACGAAGCCCGGCCCAAGGAGGGCGACGACCGGCCCUUCUUCUGGCUCUUUGAGAACGUGGUGGCCAUGGGGGUGAGCGACAAGCGGGACAUUUCACGCUUCUUAGAGUCCAACCCAGUGAUGAUUGAUGCCAAAGAGGUGUCUGCAGCGCACAGGGCCCGGUACUUCUGGGGUAACCUUCCCGGUAUGAACAGGCCGUUGGCAUCUACAGUGAACGAUAAGCUGGAACUUCAGGAGUGCCUGGAGCACGGCAGGAUAGCAAAGUUCAGCAAAGUGCGAACUAUCACCACUCGCUCCAACUCCAUCAAGCAGGGCAAGGACCAGCAUUUCCCCGUCUUCAUGAACGAGAAGGAGGACAUCCUAUGGUGCACGGAGAUGGAGAGGGUCUUUGGCUUCCCGGUUCAUUACACAGAUGUCUCCAACAUGAGCCGCCUGGCCCGGCAGAGACUGCUAGGCAGAUCUUGGAGCGUGCCGGUGAUCCGCCAUCUCUUUGCUCCCCUGAAGGAAUACUUCGCCUGCGUUUAA